AUGACGAUCAUCCAGAGAAACACCUGCCUGUCGUGCUCUUCGGACGCCCUGGAGGACAUCGUGUACAUCUCCAGAGAAGGCGUUCCUCACGGUCAGGAGGAGCAUCGAAUCACCUACAGCACCGUGGCGGGUGUGCGUUGCGAGAGCUGUCGCGCCGUGUUCUUCGAGUCCUACGACCACGACUGCUUUCAGUACGACGAGCCCUGGAACAUGGCCUGGUAUGCGCUGCUCGAAGAUUUCGCGGCCCUGGAGAACGCGCUCCAACUCUGUCCCGACGCGCUCGACCCAACAUGUGAGUGCGAGUUGCAUGAAAAGCUCCGAGAGAGCAACCCGGGAUACUGGGGACAGCGCGCGAACUACUCGUUCUAUAUCGGGAGCGUGCGAUACGCCACCAUUCGCGCGGUCACCGAACCGGAGCAUGGCACAUUUACGCACUUCGAGCGCAUCGAAGAGGUUGACCCGCUCGACAUCCACACACCUGGAGCAUUCAUGGAUCGGGACGCCUUCGCCGAAGUACGCAGUUACAUGAACCGCCCGAAGCUCAGCGCGCUGGAUUGGUACGCAUUAAAACAGUUGCUCGUCGAGGCACAUCAGGCAAACCCCGCGCGCUACGCGGCGCAGUGGCGUCCCUACCUGGACGGCUUUCGACAUCACUUCGAGGAGCACUUCGACAAGAACUUCCUCGACAUCACCUACCUCCCAGAUGUCAAAGAGCUCCUCGAGCUAUACCCCUUCGUCCUGGUUCGGAGCGAGUUCACGCUCUCGAAGACGCGGAUCCUCUACAACGAGCUGGAGCGCGAGAGCUUCCGCUGGGUAGGGCAACUCGUUUUGCACAUGCAUACGAAGUUACCCGCGAAGGCGAUCACCUCGAUCUCGACAUCACCCAACGCGGUAAACUUGCGAGAAAUCGAGCUGGACCUCAGCGACAACCACUCGGUGCUCGACGAGCGAACCUGUCGCGCGCUCCCGAGCUUAUUCACGCUCCCGAAGCUGCACACGUUCACGCUCGUCGGCGCGACGCUCCUCGACGCCAACGCGCUCGCUUCCCCCGAACUCGAAUCACUCGAGACGCUCCGAUUGCUCGACACGAUCACCGAGAACCAGUUGCCCCAGCUCCUGGACUCCCCCCACGUCUCGAAGCUGAGAGAGCUUGUCAUCCAUGGAGGCAUCCACUCCAUGAGCGCGCUCCCGUUCGCCCACGCGACGCAGCUCGAGGCGCUCGAAGCGCUCGAGCUGCGGGGCGCUCAGCGGAGCUGGACCAAGCGCCCCGCGGGUAUUCGGGAUGAAGGAUGUCAGGCGCUCGCUGGCGCAAAACACCUCGCGACGCUGAAAUCACUCACCCUCAUACAACAAGAGAUCACGGACGAGGGCGCGCGCUCCCUCAUCCAGAGUCCUCACUUGACCUCGCUCACGCACCUUGACUUGGGGCACAACGCGAUCGGAGAUGCGGGCGCAGCGGCCAUCGCGAACGCCUCGAACACAAGGACGCUCACACACCUCGACCUCUCUCAGAACAUGUUGAUCGGCGCUACAGGGCUGCGCGCGUUGGCGCGGUCGGAGCACUUCAUCGCGUUGAAGAAGAUCAUCCUCGAAGGAUUGCGCGUGGACGCCACAUCGCAAGUCGUGCUCCAGAGCGCGCUCGGCGCGCGCUUUGGGUGCGAGAUUCACGCGGCGCCCUCGGCGCUUCGGCAAACGGAUGCUCCAGAGCUCGUGCGCGAGCUCGAGGAGCAUCCCAUCGAACACCUCAUCUUGCGGCUCGAAGCGCCGGGGAGCGACACCUUGAGGAUGCUGCUCGACGCAGACGCGCUCGCGCAGGUCGAGCAUCUUCAACUCGCGGGAGAUGUGAGCGAUGAAGACAUCGUCGCGUUCGUCGACGCGGGAGGGCUGAGGGGGUUGCGCUCGCUCUCGCUGUCUCACACCAACAUCGGCGAUCGCGCGCUGCGAGCGAUCCUCGCGCACCCUCACACGAUGAGCCUUCGCGAGUUGAUGCUGGGCUCGACGCAGAUUUCGGAGCGGGCGCUCAGGACGUUCGCGAUGGCCGAGACGCUGACCUCGCUGGAGAACCUCGUGCUCCCCGAGGUCUCGUUCGAGAUCCUCGAGUUGAUCGCCAGGACGCCCUGGGCAAAACAACUCGAGCACUUUGGCAGCUCAUCAUCGCUCGACGAGAACACAUGCGCGCGGCUCCUGGAGUUGGAGGACCUCCCCGACGCGAUCAGCGAAUGCGUCGAGGAAAACCUCCGCUAUCACGCCGGGUAG